CAUUUUUUUGCAGCACCAUUUAAAAUUAUUCCACUAUACAAAGGUGUUGAAGGCGAUUUUUCUUUAAGGAUCUUUUGUAUGACCACUGGUGAUCUUAAGCCUACUAUUACUUGGAAAGUUGACGGAGCUACCAUUACACCAAGUUCUAAGUACACCAUUAAAAACGGAGAACUAGUUAUUUAUUUCCCAAAACAAAACGACAGUAAAAUAUACGUCUGUGAAGCCCAAAAUUAUUUGGGUACUCAUAGUGCCGAAUUCCAAGUACAAAUUGAUGUUCCAGAGAUACACAAAAUAAGGCCUGUUGUUAAUAUAGAAGAAGGUCAGAGAACAGAAGUAGAUUACGAUGGGAUGGUCAAACUGUCGUGCAAAGUGUCCAGCUACCCAGAACCUAAAAUCAGUUGGAUGAAUGCUAAGGGAACAGUAGCUAAAUCUGAGAGUUCGACCCUGAUAGCACCCUACGACUACAUUAGUUACAUAACAAUUUCAAACAUAACGAAAGCUGACAAAUAUAAAUGCUAUGCCGUAAAUAAUAUUGGUAGUGAUGAAAAAGUAAUUGAUGUCGACGUAAAAGAUGCCUUUGAUGUUAAAUCAGUACCCGAAGGUACAACUGGAGUGCUCUACGAUUCUGAAGGAAUCAUUACAUGUGAUAUUACAUCAAAACACCUGAUGAAUAUUCGAUGGUACUACGCAGAUGAAAUCACUCGAAUAGACAGAGAAAUCUCCUCAUCAGAGCUAUACCAAAUCUCUAGAGGCGGCAAACAACUAAAAAUAAUGAAAAUGAAUUUGAAUUUGGUCGGAAAGUAUACUUGCAAAGCAACUCUACAGAACCACAGAGAUGUUCAGAAGAUUUUCAGCACUAGAGUAAAAGCAGACGGUCUUGGUGAGUGUUAUUAAGAUCCGGUA